AUGUUUACCUUUGAAAACAUCCAGGACCACGAAGUGGUGCACCAGCGAUGCGUUCUCAUUUCGGGGCGAUGCGAAACUGCUACAGAGGGCAGCGAUAGCUUCGUUCAGAUUGAAACCAAGGCGAAUGGCGACAACAUCUCUUUUCCAACGCAAAAAUGGCCAAUGUCACAUGGCUGGUUCAAGGCUCUAGUUAUUCUAACUCCAGGAGAGAAUGCUAUUAGCAUCAUCUCUGCAGAAAACGAGUCUCACUCAACUGUUAUCAACCUCCGGUAUAUUCCAUUGCUGCAGACACCGCCUCUACACCUUGCCAUUCUGGUUGCCACGGACUCGCCUCUUCUGAUCGACUGUCCACCUCGCAAGUUUGGAGCGCUGUCGGGGGCCCACUCGAGCAUCAACGCUGCCGUUGCGAAGUUCCGCUUGUCAGCAUACAUGUGGCAGGCUCUCACUGCCGAGGAGCUGCGCGCAAAUGGACUCGGUCGGCGGUCGUUUCGUCUGGAAGAAGAGUGGGCUCCCGAUACGCUGAGCCAGACCAGCGAACGUCAAGUCACAAUGGAUUCCACAGCCAAGGUCCAUCUCAUUCCAGCUGGCAAGACCGUUGCUGAACUCAGGAGCGCCCAAUUUGCACAGCAGAAUCCCAGAGCAGCCAAACCAAAUGAGCUGCAUGAGAUCUUUUCCCGGGCUUUGAAGAACUACGGAGGACCGUUCGUUUCUGAAGCCAAACCAGUCGUUGCCGGGUUGAUUCUCGAUUCCACAUACGAUGUGAAGAACAAUCUGAUUCUUGCCCAUGCGGCGCUCGGAGCUCACAACUCCAACGGACUGUCUCUAGGCAUUAUGGGCAGUCAUUUGACAUACUCAUGGCCACGAUUCAUGGAGGAAGUCCCUGAUUGUCUGUUGGACCAGUCACCUCCUGGUGACCAAGUUGGAAACGAUAAUGGGGAGUGCGUAUCCAUGUGGGAAGCCUGCUCUGUUGGCCAAGGAGCUUUCUUGCAUGAAGUUGGACACGCCUUUUCCGCGCCACACACGACUGGUAUCAUGGCUAGAGGCUAUUCGAAGGACUGGCCGAAAUGCUUCCUCGCCAAGACUGCGUUCUCCGUUCACGCAGGGACUGAGGGUAUUGAACCGGUCACACCUACCACGCCCAACAACUGCCAUUGGGAUAUCCGCGACAUCCUUCGCUUUGUCAACCUCCCCCAUUUCCGCCACCCUCACGAUACCACCCCCGACAAGAAUUGUCCCGUUGUUGAAAUCCAAGACGAGGAGGACAUCUCAACACUGGCCAUCACUUGCGAGGCCGGAAUUGUCCAAGUCUUGUUCAAUGGCGUCGCCGAAGACAGGGCCUCCCCUAAUAACCCUCAAAAGUCCAUUCGGUACACCCUGGACGAACUUGAGGAUAGAUUUGACUUCCAAAAUGCCCUUGAAAUUGAGGUACUCGCGAUGAAUGGUAAGCACAUUACCAGGGACGUUGCAAAACUGUUCUCCAACCAGACAUCGAUCCGCGUCCCUGGAACUGGAAUCCGCUUGCAGAAAAAGAGCGCCAUGAGUGAAUCUACACCAGCAGACAGCUGGUCCUGGGCUGUGAUGCUGAAAAAGCGCGGUCGCGAUGGUACUAUCGUCCCGGCGUCCAAGAUUGACCUGCGCGUUGGUUGCGUGCUUGACGGAGCCAUCGUCUAUUACAAAGACGGUUCGAGAGUCCCAUGCGGUCCGCGCGGCAAAAAUGGCAAAGACUUGGAUAUGGGUGGUCAUCAAGCAAGGAAGAUUGCGCUUCCGAGGAACGUUGAUGUGGUCAAGGUUGCGGUGGCGAAGGAUCACGAGGAGCUACGGGGUUUGAGAAUCUGGCUGUCCAAUGGAAAAGCUAUGGGUGCGCUGAACAAGCGUGGGAGCGAGUCGGUGGAGAUUCUCGUUCCCGAUAAGGGCCAAAGAAUCAUCGGGUUCUAUGGUGGCAGCAAUAAUGGCGGAUGGCAAUCGAUUCAUGAGUUUGGCAUCGUCACAGCUCCGGUGGAUCAGCCAAUCCCCGAUUCUGUCUACGACAUGCCCGAGCUACAAAACAACCCACAUGUUGGAGUUGGAAGGCCGUCCAAGCGACGAAAAUUGGACCAAGCUGAGACUGAGACUGAGGAUGAGGGUACAUCUGAGGAUAAUGACGAUGGAUAUGAUGACGAUUCGGAGAUUAGUGAGAAUGAGGAUUGA